AUGUCUGAGUCCGAGUCUCAGCCUGAAUCUCCACCUGAGCCUCAGCGUCCACCUCCACCUCUACCUCAGCCUUCCCCUCUGCCUCCGGUUCAGCCUAGAGCCUCCAAGACAUUGCCAAUAGCCACACUAGUGAUGAGAAGCGUCACUUUGACUGCUCUUUUAUUAUCACUCAUCGUCAUAGCGUCAGACUCUGCCACUGCUAGGGUUGAUCUCAUCAAAUUCACCAUUCACUUCAAGGAUUUUUAUGCCUACCGGUAUAUGUUGUCAACCAUAGUCAUAGGAAUGGCCUAUACCCUCUUGCAGAUACCUUUUGCAAUUUACCAUGUAAGCAUGGGGAAGCGCCUAGUGAAACAUGGUGGCUUUCUCCAUUUUGAUUUCUAUGGUGACAAGGUUCUCUUAUCCCUAUUAGCAACAGGGGUUGGUGCAGCAUUUGGUGCAACAUUGGAUCUCAAGAAACGUAUGGAUGACUUGGAGGAUGACUUCCAAGAUUACGGCGUUACAGAUUUUUCCCAAUUUCGAUCAAAGGCUGAUAAUUUCUUUAACAUGGCCAAUAUCUCUACAGGAUUCCUUCUGAUUGCCUUCUUAAUCUCGGGAGUUUCAUCUAUCCUUUCAUCAAUGGCCCUUUUCAAGAAAAGAUGA